ACAGUGACAGAUGUAGGUAACUUAAAAAAUUGAAAUAAUAUUUACAAUUUCUUUUUAUAAAAUUAUAAAACAAUAUCUGAUUUAUAUGAAUCUAUCAAAUUAAAAAUGCAAUAUGACGUUUCUGGAAGAUACUUCCAUAAUUCUUAUAUCCCAAAUAUUUUUCUUCGUGGGUGGUUGGAUAUUCUUUGUGAAACAGCUGUUCCGUGAUUAUGAGGUUCACCACACUCUUGUUCAGCUGAUAUUCUCCGUGACAUUUGCCCUCAGCUGUACCAUGUUUGAACUGAUCAUAUUCGAGAUCAUCGGCUAUUUGGAUACAAGCUCUAGAUACUUCCACUGGAACCUGGGACUGUACUCACUUCUUUUCAUGGUGAUAGCUCUCAUACCGUUUUAUAUAGCAUACUUUUGCAUCAGUAAUGUAAGAUUUGUAUCACAGAACGCAAUAAGGCCGUUAACAAUGUUUGUUUGGUUUAUAUAUUUAUAUUUCUUUUGGAAGAUUGGUGAUCCAUUUCCUAUAUUAAGUCCUAAACAGGGAAUAUUUUCAAUAGAGCAGGGCGUGUCUCGUAUAGGCGUUAUAGGAGUGACCGUGAUGGCCUUACUCUCUGGUUUUGGUGCUGUCAACUAUCCGUACACAUCUAUGGCUAUAUUUAUAAGACCAGUGACACAAUCAGAUGUGUUGUCGAUUGAGAAGAAAUUGCUUCAAACAAUGGACAUGAUAUUGGUGAAGAAGAAAAGGAUAGCAUUAGCAGAAGCCAACAGUGUGGGAGGCAGACAGCAAUACAGCAUGCUGGACCAAUCGAACGUGAAGAAUAGGGGUUUUUGGACGAAUAUUUUGUCCAGUGUUGGCAGUAUCGCUAAUCCGUUAAGUGGAUCAGAGAAUAUAAAUCAACUCCGGCAAGAAAUAUCCGGCUUAGAAGAGCUGAGUCGCCAAUUAUUCUUGGAGGCUCACGACGCCCGGACCAUGAGGGAGAAGAUAGAGUGGUCCAAAACCUUCCAGGGGAAAUACUUCAACUUCCUCGGCUACUUUUUCUCCCUGUAUUGCAUAUGGAAGAUAUUUAUUUCAACAAUAAACAUAGUGUUUGACCGCGUGGGCAAGAAGGACCCCGUGACCCGAGGUCUAGAGCUGGUGGUGCACUGGCUUGGCUGGCGUAUCGACGUGGGCUUCUGGUCGCAGCACGUCUCCUUCAUACUGGUCGGCUGCAUUGUACUAACCAGUAUUAGGGGAUUGCUGCUCACGCUUACCAAGUUCUUCAACAAGAUAUCAUCAUCGAAAUCAUCGAACAUCAUCGUGCUGAUCCUCGCCCAGAUCAUGGGUAUGUACUUCUGUUCGUCUGUGCUGCUGAUGCGCAUGAACAUGCCCCCGGAGUACCGCAUCAUCAUCACCCAGGUGCUCGGUGAUCUGCAGUUUAACUUCUAUCACCGGUGGUUCGACGUGAUAUUCCUUGUGAGUGCCUUGACCAGUAUCUUCACAUUGUACUUAGCGCACAAACAGCCGUCGGUCAGUUGAUGUUUUGACUGCGAUCUGUAUUGAUUUAUUUAUAUAUUAUAUAAUAAAAAUGUAAGAUUGGUCUGUCUGUACAUUAUAUAUAUAUAUCGACUUACGCGAACUUAUCCUGACUUACGCGAACUCGUAAUUACGCAUUUUUCAAAUUUAUUAAUAAUAAUCUAUGCAUCUACUGAUCAUACAAUAGUCGAGUUAAUAUGCAUAUUGUAUGGAAAUCGACGCACAGUUAGGAGAUCACAGAAGUGUGUGAGCAAAUAUACUCCGAUUUACGAGAAUUGGACUUACGCGAUUAUCAAUUAGUCUUAUAUAUCGCGUAAGUUCGAGUUAUAUUUACUGUAUUUGCAAAAAAUUGGUUGGGGAGUUUGGAUUACUAGAAAAAGCGACUCUAAUUAUGUUAGUUUAGUUUUAAAAUAUUGAAAACUUGUAUUAAAAAUAAUGUUGCAUAAGUUAAUUUUAUUUUAACGUUUUGUAAGCGAUAAGGCGUUCAUUAGACUGUCACGAGUCAUUAUAUUCAUGUUGCAAGCAGUUGGCAAAUCUGUUAUAAUUCAAGAAUUUGAUCCGCAAACAAGUAGAUACAUUUUGCUCCGCAAAUUAGAAAGCACGACAGUCUUGCCAAAAAAGAAAAUAUUUUCAAUAGAAAUACAGGCAGUGUUAUUCGGGAUGAUAUAAGGAUUCCAACGACACUCCGUACAUUCAAAUCUGUUCAGGCAUUUAGAAGUUAUGGUGAAAUAGAAAAUCACAUACACAAAUUUUUUGGGCAGUUGUGUACUCGUAAAGAACAGAAACCUGAAUCGUGACCAAUAUGAAAGAAGGAUUCUAUCAAUUACAAAAAAAAAAAAAUAUUGUCAAUACCCAGACUUUAUAGAAACGUAAUUUUUUAGUCAUUUUAAGUGCCACCUGAGUAAUACUCAGUUGGCACUUAUAUAUGUAUGUAUAUACAUAAUCUACAAUUGAUACUGAAUACUUUCAAAAUAUUUUUUGUAUGUUUUUACAAAUUGUAUUGAUUAUUGCUUGGUUUGCUUGUUAUAUUUUAUUUCAAUUUUUGACCUUCUCGUCAUAGAUAUUAUGUAAAAACAAAAAAAAAAACAAGCAAAUUAAAAAACUCUUUUUGUAAUAAUUUAAAAAUGAUUGUCUAAUGAGCGCCUAAGGAUUGUUAGCUUUUAAAAAGACUGAUGAUCAUUAUGUAUUAAUUAAUGAGGAAACUGAUUUAGUUGUAAAUUUUAUAAAUAUACUAAAGGGAAUUAUUACAUUAUCAUAUCUAUAGAGUUGCACAUAAAUAUCAACAAAAUUAAUAUUGUUAUUAUAAAUAUUUAAUGGAUCAAAAAAGUCCGAAAUAAAAAAAAAAUAUUAUUAAAAUUAUACUUGUAUUUAUUACGAGAUACUAUAUAUAUAUAUAUAUAUAUAU